CCGAGUUUUUGUAGCGAGUUUACAUAAAAUUUUGUUGUUUUCACCCUGCUUUGCCUGCAAGCGAAUCUCAAACGAACUACGACACGACGAGGACUACGAGGGGGCGAAACAGAAGGAACUAUUAAGUAACGGCCGUCAAAAAGAUGGGGAACAUACACACAACGGGUCCGAAUGAGGCGUUAAUUGUUUCAGGUGGUUGCUGCGGCUCCACAAAGAAGCGAACCAUUGUCGGUGGCUGGGCAUGGGCCUGGUGGCUGGUCACAGAUGUCCAGAGACUGUCCUUGAACGUGAUGACCCUUAACCCCAUGUGCGAGAAUGUGGAGACGGCCCAAGGUGUACCGCUAACGGUAACUGGCGUUGCUCAGUGCAAGAUCAUGAAGUCAUCUUCGUACAAAAAUAAAGAUUAUAAUAACGACGAGGCCGACGAGCUUCUGGGAACGGCCAGUGAGCAGUUUCUGGGCAAGAGCGUCAACGAGAUCAAGCAGACCAUUCUCCAAACACUGGAAGGUCAUCUGCGCGCCAUAUUGGGAACGCUUACAGUCGAAGAGGUCUACAAAGACCGCGACCAGUUCGCGGCGCUGGUACGAGAGGUGGCCGCUCCUGACGUCGGCCGCAUGGGCAUCGAGAUACUCUCGUUCACCAUCAAGGAUGUCUACGACGAUGUCCAGUACUUGGCCUCGCUCGGCAAGGCACAGACUGCGGUUGUGAAGCGCGAUGCCGAUGCCGGAGUGGCCGAAGCCAACCGCGAUGCCGGUAUCCGCGAGGCCGAGUGCGAGAAGAGUGCCAUGGAUGUGAAAUACUCGACGGACACCAAAAUCGAGGACAACACCCGCAUGUAUAAGCUGCAGAAGGCCAACUUCGAUCAGGAGAUCAACACCGCCAAGGCCGAGUCUCAAUUGGCCUACGAACUGCAGGCGGCCAAGAUCCGCCAGAAGAUACGAAACGAGGAAAUCCAAAUUGAGGUCGUCGAGCGACGCAAACAAAUCGAAAUCGAGUCGCAGGAGGUGCAGCGCAAGGAGCGCGAACUCAUCGGCACCGUCAAGCUGCCGGCCGAGGCAGAGUCCCAUCGUGUACAGACUAUUGCACAGGGCAAGCAAUGCCAGACGAUUGAGAGCGCACGCGCCGAGGCUGAGCGCAUCCGGAAGAUUGGCGCCGCCGAGGCUCAUGCCAUCGAGCUGGUGGGCAAGGCGGAGGCGGAGCGCAUGCGCAUGAAGGCGCACGUCUACAAGCAGUACGGCGACGCGGCUAUUAUGAACAUUGUGCUCGAGUCGCUGCCAAAGAUUGCCGCCGAGGUGGCCGCACCGCUGGCCAAGACCGAGGAGAUUGUGCUGAUCGGUGGCAACGACAAUGUUACCAACGAUGUGACGCGUCUGGUGGCCCAGUUGCCGCCAUCAAUCAAUGCGCUGACCGGCGUCGAUCUGUCCAAGGUGCUGGCUAAGAUUCCUGGAGCCAAGGCGUGAAAUCUGGAAUCUUGGAAUGGGACGUUCAGCAAAUGGCAAUGACAACGUAACGCAAAGGAAUUGGAUAUGGAUACGAGUGGACGAGAACGAUAGGCUUAGUAGGGCAAUCAGCAAGCAACCGGGACAGAGAAAAGUGGAGGAGCGAAAGAGAUAGUGAGGAGAGAAGGAGAUAGAGCGCACGUUGGCUAGAGGGGGAACGCGAACUUUAGUCACAUUGGAUGGAUAGAUGGAUGGAGUGUGUGUCGGUCGGUCGGUCGGUCGAUCAGUCGGUCAGGCAGGCGGCAUCGAGCGAAAGUCUUUAGCAAAAUGUACUCCGAUAUUAUAUGUAUUUGUGUGUGUGUAAAAAAUUUCACGAAAAUUGUGGAACGCCAGAACACAGACAGACAGACAGACAGAAAUCAACAGCAAAUCGCAUUUUGUGGCCUUUCUCGAAUGACAAAAAAAAAAAAAAACAAACAAAACAAAAACAAACAAAAUUCACAUCUAACUUUAAAUCGUGCAAAAUAAAUGUGUGUAGCUAUAUUUAUA